UUUGCAGUCUCUCGUGUCAGCGUCUCUCUCGAAUAAUGCAUUUCUGCUUCAGCAACGUUAUCCACGUCCAACGAAUAAAGUACGCAGUAUUUGUAAAGUUCAUCGGACGGAAUGGAUUUGGAAAGCCGGAUCGGAGUCAGUGAGUGGUUACGCAUCGGCAGUUCGGCACGGUCCAAGCUGGCGCCGCCCGAAGAAGUAACUAAGCUUUAGUUAAGCUUAGUUUUAGUUGGAUCAAACAAGGCGCCAUGGACGUGGACGACCCGGCGAGAUGGAGCAGAUGGACAAACGUGGCCCCGGCGGCCGCGUGAUGCUUCCAAGGGCCAGAGAACAAGAAAAGAGCGAGGAUCACGAGGAGGAGAAGGACGGACGGACGGCCGGAUCUCGCCGACGACGCAAAAGACAAGGAAUUGAAAGGGAAUAGAAAAAGGGUCUUUCUUCCCCGAGGAUCAUCGAAGAAGCUGACAAAUCCGAGUCUCCCAGACGACGUCAUGGCUGCCGUGCCGCCUGUUACAGCAGUAUAUGUACCCGGCCCAGCAAAGCUCUCCACCUGAUCCAUCUCUAGCAACCAACCAUGUCACACGGCGGCGGCGGCGGCGAUGGGGGUAGUAGCAGCAGCAGCAGCAGCUGCAUGUCCCUCUCCCUAGGCAAGUUCAUCCGCCGCGCGCUCCGCGGCGGCAAGCAGAAGCGCCUCAAGCAGGACGACAAGGCCGCCGCCGCCGCCGCAGGGAGACGAAGGCGGGCGGCGGACGGGUACUACUGCGCGUCCUCCAUAGAGCUUCUCGCCACCUCCUCCUCAUCGUCUUCCUGGACGCCGGCGGGGCCGGCGGCGUCGUCGUCUUCCUCGUCGGCACCGGCGGUGGUGCGGGUGGUGCUGUGGAGCGGGGUGGUGGAGGUGUACACGGGCGUGGUCCUCGCGCGCGCGGUGAUCCAGAACCACCCGCCGGGGCUCUGCCUGGCGCACCCGGACGUGUUCCGCAACCCGCACGGCGCCAUGGUGCGCCCGCUGGAGCCGCUGUUCCCCGGCCAGAAAUUCUUCCUCCUCCCCGAGUCCACCAUCCGCAAGCUCCAGCGCGCCAUCCCCGAGAGCUCCGUCGGCGCCUUCGACGACGACGACGAAGACGAAGAUGAGGAAUACGAGACGUCGUCCGCUGAGAUUGAGAUCUCGGAGUCGGAGGAGGAGACGGGGGCGGUGCCCGGGUGCUGCGCCAGGGAUUACUUCGUGGACAGGGAGCGGUGGGCGGAGUGGCAGUUUAAGAGGAUGGUGGCGCGCGGCAUCGCCGUCGAGCAAGAGGGGCGGAGCGCCGGCGAGAUAGAUAAGAAGAAGAAGAGGAGGAGGAAGAAGCAGAGGAAGGAGCUGCCACGGCUGGCCCCCGCGCCGCCGCCCUGCAGGAUGCGGGCGGUAAGGUCGUGGGAGCCCAGCCUGCCGUCCGUCGUGGAGGAGGCUUCUCCGUCGCCGGAUCUCCGGGCAGAUCGGCCGGCGGAUCAGGAGGCCAGGACUGACCACGAGACGCCGUGAUCGCGCAUCAUCUCUUCUUCUUCUUCAUGGAAGCAAUUUCUGAUCCUCCUCCGCUGCUCUGUGGCCUUUGUUCGUGAAACUGUAAAAAUCGCGUGUGAGAUUGUUGGUGCCGGCCGGAUCGAUUUUAAUCUCUGUUCAAGUUCUGUUGCAUACUCUGUACCGGAGCUGGUUCCGUUGAUUGUAGAUUUGAUGCACAUACAUACAUACUGGCUACCGCAUGGAUUAAUUGUUGAAAAUUGGAUGAACACA